AAUAUUACUGACAGGAAAAUUUUAGAAAAGUAAUCAGGCAAAGGUAUGUGUACAGUAGGCAGCCCAUGGUUAUCUCAAGUAAAAAUGGCUGCCAAAGUUUCGACUGAGUGUGUUGUGCUGUCAAAUGGAGUUAAAAUGCCGAUUCUUGGCCUAGGUACUUCCCACCAUGGAGGCUUUUCUCAGUCAGCGAUAGUCUACGCGCUCAGAGAUUGCGGAAUCAGACUCAUAGAUACCGCUAAACGGUACGGCUGCGAGGAACAGCUCGGAGCAGCCAUCAAACAGAGCGGGGUUCCCAGGGAGCAGAUCUUCGUUACCACCAAGUUGUGGCCGCUGGACUAUGGGUACGAAUCCACGAAAACUGCAUUCAAGGAGUCUUGCAAGAGACUUGGGGUGGAUUAUUUGGACCUCUACCUGAUACACUGGCCUGACUGCCCACGAGGAAAGGGACAAGACAACAGAACCAUCAGAGCUGAGACAUGGAGGGCGCUGGAAGACUUGUACAGUAAAGGUUUGUGCAGAGCUAUAGGAGUCAGUAACUUCCUUGUCCCCCAUCUAGAGCAGCUCAUACAAGACUGUACAGUAGUGCCACAUGUCAAUCAGGUGGAAUACCAUCCUUACCAAAAUCCCAAAGACUUGAUGAGGUUUUGUCAGGCACACAGUAUUGCAGUAGAGGGGUACUGUCCACUGGCCAAGGGGAGUGCACUCAAGGAGCCAGCCAUCACUACAAUAGCAACUAAAUACCAGAAGACACCAGCACAGAUCCUCAUACGUUGGAGCAUACAGAAUGGUGUGGUCACCAUUCCAAAGUCCACUAAAGAAGAGAGGAUCAGGGAAAAUUGCCAGGUGUUUGACUUCAGUCUAUCCAGAGAAGACAUGGCCCACCUGGACAGUUUACAUGAUGGCAGGAAGAUGUGUGAACUCAGCUCUAUAGCCAACCUGGUCAUGAACUCUGGAUGACUAGAUGGAUGAUAGAUAUACUAUAAAGAUACUACAAGAGUUCAGUGUACAAAAUACUUUUCUGAGCCAGGUUGCACAGUGUGCAACCUGGGGCAAAAACUAGGUUGCACAAUUGAAUUUCAAGUUGCACCACCUACAAUUUACUAACUUCUGAAAAAAAGGUACAAUACAUGUUUGGCUGAUAUGAAAUGGAGCUACCUCGGUCCAUCUAUUUCUUCCUAAAUUGACAACAAAAUCGAGUUCUGAGGAUCAAAAUCUAAGUUGCACUCUGUGCAACCUGAGUUUAGAAGUAAGUUGCACCAAGCAAAAAGUGGUUGCAUUGUGCAAGUGGAUAUUUUGCACACUGUUUAAAGCAUUAAUGCGAUAUCUCACUUGACGAGACUGGUGGGCAACUCUUCGUGAAUGACAGUUUUGCAACUGGUUGCGAACAGGUGCCAAUGAGCGCGAAGUCAUCACCUGAAAUGGCAAAAGUGCGAAUUGUCGCUAAAUGGCAGCCAUUAGGCCCCAAUGUUGCAGUUACAGUACCUGCCAUAAUAUGUGGGAACUAAGGCUAUUUUGAUAUGCAAGAGUGAUUAGAUGUCAAACAUUCAAUGUUUCCAUAUGAUGACUAUCCAUGCAGUAUUUUUAAAAGUGUAAAUACAUUGCACAAUGUCAUGUAAAUCCCUAGGUUUUUCCCAGGGUACAUUUUGAUAAAGCAUGUUGUUGUUUACAUUUCCAUGCCAAAAUUGACCCAUGUGCCAAAAUCUUGUUGCAUUUUUAUCCAAUUUUAAUGGUUGCACUUAAGUGUUGAGAUAAAGACAUUUUUUAUGAUACAACUUUAAUGUUUGGUAUACUUUGAUUACAACCAAAAGCUUUUGUGACCAAAAUCAUUUUUGCAAUUUUGCAGGCAUAUGAAAGAAGAUUGCCAAUUAAGAAUAAUAUAGAUGAAGGGAUCUUCUUAUUAGAUGUAGCAGUAGCUUUUAGGACACUAAAUUGUGUUAUUUCAAGUGUAGAGCUAGAUAGUCAAUACAGAGUACCAAACAAUCAUUCCACAAUGAUAUUUUAUGACUUGUGUUGCAUUAAUUCAGUAUUCAACCAUGAAUAUGAUACUAAAGACAAGUCUAUAGCCAUUCUUUUUCUACAUAUAUGUCAAACACAUUAUUUUUAUACAUGAUGAAUUUUACUGUCAAUACAAGGGUUAGUAUUUCCAUUGUCAAAAUGGAUACCUAUUGCAGUGGCCUGGAGCCAUAUACAUCGACAAUCAUGUACUUGUAUGUACACUAAGCUAUUUCUUCAGUUACAAAAAAGACAUGUAGUAGUAGUAGUAGAGACAUACAUGUACAAUGUCACAUACACACAUGACAUAUACUCCCGUUUUUAAGUUGUAUUGGAGUAGUAGAGCACUGGUAUUCCAGUUCAUCAUUUUGAAAUUGUACUUUUUUUAUCAUUCCAAGAUACAAAUGUAUUAUCAAACCUAUUUUUAACCAUGUGACUGGCUCAUUCUACAUGCAUUAGCUUUUAUUAUUGCAUUUUACAACAUUCUAUGUAUUUAUUAUUAUGCAGUUAGUAUUAACUUAAAUUUGUUGAUGAACAUGUGUAUCACAGAUCACAGUAUAGUUUUUUUUUAUUUAGCCUUGUUAGAUAUUAUUAGAUUUUAUUGUAAUAAAAAUAUUUGUACUUUUAUUAAUAUUUCAGUGUGCUUUGGAGAUAAUGCAGAGGAGCUUUGAAUGCCACCCUGACAGAAGUCUUUACUGGUAGUUUCCUAAGAGACAAAAAGAAGUGCCAACACAGCAUAUGUAUAUUGAACUUAAACCUAUGAUAAAAGCCCUUUAAAGUCAUUGAUAUGAUUAUAACAAUUGUCUAGCUUC